UACACCAUCAAAUCGCCAAAUUUCAUUCUCGGACGGACGGAUGUUGUUUUGAUGUUGUUUUCGCGUGCACGCAUUUUAAAAUGACAGAGGAAGAAAAGAAGCAACAUGUGAAAUCUAAAGAUGAACCGAUAUUUGUUCCAAAGUCUGCUAGUGAUAGACAACGACUACAUGUCGAAAGGUUGAUGAAAAAUCCGGAAAAACCAGUAUUUAUACCAGAAGUCAGAAAACAAUGGAAACCUCGAGAACCCCCUGAAUUUGUUCGUGAUGUAAUGGGCUCGAGUGCUGGUGCUGGAAGUGGAGAAUUUCACGUCUAUCGUGGCUACAGACGAAGGGAGCAAGUCAGGCAAGAUUUUAUCGAUGGCCAAAAUGAAAAGGAUGAAAAAGAAGCCGAGUUUCAAAAGAAAUUACAAGAAAAUGAAAAACAAGCUGAAGAGAGAACUGCUAAAAAACGAGCUAAACGGAAUAAGAAGAAACUUAACGCAAAACUGAAGAAGCAAAAACUUGAGGAAAGUACUAAAGAAGAUGAUGAAGAGGAGGAGGAGGAGGAGGAAGAGAAUACUGGAGAAGAAACGUGUUUUGUGAUUGGUGGAAGGUAACUGACAACAGCACCUUCAAAAGGUGCUCAGGGAGUGGUUUAAAGAUGGACAGUGGAUAAGCAGGCUACUUUUAAUGAACAUUGUUGGACCAAAGAUUUAUCAUUUGCUGGUAAUAGAACCGUGCAUUGGUUCAAAAGGCAUUGAUCCUCUUGCAACAGCCAGGUCUUCCUCAUCAGUAGCAGUGAAUCGUAAGCUCCCACAAAAACGACAGUGCAAACGUAUGCAAGCGCAUGUUUGGGCGACAACCACAUAUUUCUGGCUCUCUACUGAUUUGUCAAGUUGGAAUAUAUGAAAUACUGUAUAUUCUCGCAUACAAGACAAGGAUUAAAAUAGAAAAAUACGAUCGGAAAACAGGGGGUCGUCUAAAAUUUUUAAACCAUGUUCGUCUUACAUGCGGAUCGUCGCAAAUUUACUACUGUCAAAUGAAGCUACUAACUAUUCGUAUGAAUGAAAGCAAUUUUAAAUGAUGCGGAGAAAUAAGAUUUUGAUGAACAUUUAAAAGCCCAUAAAAAUGGUAUUCUUUGAAAGAUUAGCCAUACAUUUGGCUCUGUUUUUUAGUUAGCCAGCUAGAUUCAGUAUUAAGACCAAAAGAGAGCAGCAGAAAGUUAAAAUUCUGACCAUGAAACAAGGGGGUCAUCUUAUACGUUAUAAGGGGGUUAUGCAAAAGUCUUCUCAAACAUGUUGGUUGUAUUUUUUUGUGACAAUAUAUAUAUACGGUACAGCUACAUUAAUAUUCUUGGACAAGCAGUGUUCCAAAAUACUGCGUAUAGAAUGUGUAUCAUAAACAUUGGGGGAAUUCAUCUGCUUUGUUUACAGUACUGUACAGUAUAAUAAAAAAUAUACUAUAAAACUAGCAAUGAAUUCAGUGUUUUUUGGUUGUCACAGUGUGAAGGAAAUAAAUGGAUUUGAUCCCCAUAUGAUAUUUGGCUAUUUCAACCUGGUACUUAUGGAUUUAAUAGGACACAAGCAAUGAAGAUAUGGUCCAACAAUAUACCAUAGUCGAUGAAAUCCCAGGUAUUCAGUGAUACAAAUGCUGCUGUGAUGUCAGAGCAUUGUUGAAAUUCCCAAAUAUCAAAGGAAAACAAGUUCCUAGUACAAGUUGCUAUACACAGUACAAUGUACAGUAUGCACAACCAGAUAUUUCGCUUGUGUUACAAUUAAAGACUUCCUGAUCAAACCAAAUAACGUACAUUUUUCAUCAUUAUAUAUUAUUAAGUGUAGAGUGCACACAGUGGCGGAUCCAGAAAAAUUUAAAAUAGGCAAUGGCCCAUGGCGGGAUUUUAUGUCUAUGUCACCUUAUUAUGACCAGAAAUGGCACACGCAAGACUUUAAAUUUCUAAAGCAAAUUUUUUUUUUCCCUCCCUAAUUUUUUAAUUUUAAAAAUAGGGCUCUCACCUCUGAAUGCCCUUCUGGUAUAGAAACAUUGCAUGAAAUUUUUCUGUGCCAACAGUUGUGUUCAUAGUAACAGCUUGGCAAGUAGACUUGCACCAAAUCUCUAAUCAACAAGAAAACGAGGCUUACUUUGGUCAAUAAUGAGAAAUUUAAGCUGGAUUGAAUCCAAUGCUACUUGGUCAGGAACAGCCGGCCCAGGGCCACAUAAAUUUUUCAAAAAUUGUAAAAAAGUGAAGAAAAAAGAAAAUUACUGUAUAUUUAAAUGCAAGUUUGAGAGUGCCAUUUCUGGCCAUUUAAAGCUGCCAUAAUCAAAUUAGUAGGGCUGAGGUGCCCCUUCUCUAUUUUGAAGUCUUGGAUCUGCCUUCUGUAAUAAACCUAGAAGCGCUAGCCUCUUGCAUAAUUGAACUCAUCAUAUCUUGUAGCAUAACUAGCUAUAAGAGCAAACUUAUUAUAUAGUUGGUUUAAAAGGCAAUGAAAAUCAGCAUUAAGGCUGACUAGGUGUCUAAUGAUGUGGGUAUCUAAUGAAGAAAAAUAUAUAGAAUGACAGGCACAUAUAUUAAUGUGUGAUUAAAUAAAUCAGCAAAUGAAAGCACUGUACAAUGCAACAGAGGCAAGACUUUUUGGAUACCUUCUACAGCAAAAACUUCUAAUUUACCGAAAUAGUGUUGUCAAAGGCAUCAAGGCAGAGAAAAUUCAAAUACGGUACAUUUAUGUUUAUUCGUCAAUAAAAUUUUGAGUGUGCAAAGUAAAAAAUAAGACACUUGCUCAAGAUCAAAUUGCACAAUAAAGAAUGCGAUGUUAUUAUGUUGAACACAGCAUGGUAUGAAUCGGGUUGAUAAAUGGUUUAAAUUUAUAUAAAGGAUGAAAAAGAUCCCUUGUUUUAGGCAUAAUCUUCUUAAAGGAAAUUACUGACCAAAAGUAAAUUUUUAUUUUUAUUUGAAAUCAUUAUUAGCAGACGGUGGGUUUGCGAAACAAUGUAUCAAAAAGUCUUGUCUAUUGUAAAAGAAAAGAUGUUGGCAAUAUUAUACUAAUACAAAGCUUAUUUUAUUCACUACCAAACAGGACAUAUUGUACAACACAGGAUAAUUCUUCUAAGAACAUUGGAAUUUGUACAAGUUACAAUGAUUUCUUUAUCUUUCACUACUACCCACGUCCUCUCCAGCUAAAGGACUGGCUGUAAACAUUUAAAGAUAAAUUAUUUAAAAUAAAAUGUUCACAAUGAUUUAACUAAGUCAUAAUAAGACCACUGCUGUACAUAUCACAAGUUAGCAUUUUUGUCCAUGGCUACGUCAUGGCUGUAUAGAAUAUGGAUGCUGUAACCACUCAGGAAAUUUAAAAUUUCUAUGAACACGCCCGAUACAUUCAACCAACAGUCUCGUCAAUGAAGCUCAAAUACUGUACAUCUCGCUUUCUCACACAUUUAACUAUAUACUUAAGAGUUUUGACUUCACAAUUUGACGACACAGAUUAUAAUGUGCUUGGGACAAACCUCCCAACCUUAAACUCCCCAGAAACUUAAUAGCAGGUUAGGUAUUGGUGGAAUAAUUAAUCACAUUUAUAUUUCAUUUAUAUGAAAUACAAAUACAAUAUUCAGUAACCUCAAAUGUAAGAGAACAAAAUUUUGGCAAGAUCAUUCCCCAUUUGAUGUUAAAAUCGCAUAUUAUUCGGUACAUAUUUCCACUAUUUCUAAAACCACAUAGUAAAGAGCACUGGAUUUCAUACAACAUUACUAUGGGUAGUCCAACCAGACAGGGUCCAGAAAGUGAGCCACACGAGAAUUAACAGUUAAGGGGACGGGUGAUGCAAAUAUGUUGCUAACAUACAGAUAAUCUAGUUCAUUUAGAAUAAUAUAUGCAACCAAUAAAUAUUAAUUUUACAUUAAUAUCACUUCAGUCUAUGGAGAGGUGUUGCCAUGUACACCAACAAAUCAAUUGAACAA